AUCAUAGAGUGUGUGUCAUUGUCAGGAUCAUCAGAGGCAACAGGAAUUGAAGGGACUGAGUUUGUAUUGUCAGAGGCCGGAGAUGUCACAUGGACUGUUACAGAUGGUUGUGAUGCGCUCCCGCUCUUUUCUUGCCAAAUGUAUGAAGUGUAUACUUACCAAAAUCUCCAGUGUUAUGGCAACAGAACAUUGCUUCGCUUUGCUGCAUACAAUGGACACAUUAUUGAGUUUAGACUCGACCAGCCAGUAAUGUCUCGGGACCUGAUGUUGUUAACAUAUGAUGGGUGGUUCAUGCUGCAGUGCGAAAAGCUGACUACUCCAGAGAUUGUUCCAGACCUUCCAUAUUCCCUGCUUCCAGCCCUUGCUGAUGGCUACUUCUCAGAUGUCACUAUUAUUGCAAAAUCAGGUAGAAAGUUUGAUGUGCACAGCAUCGUUUUGGAGUCGAGCAUGCCAUCUAUGAACUGGACGACCCUAUGUGGCAUGGACGACACAGCCCUGGAAACCAUCCUGCACUACCUGUAUUCAUGUUGUCUUCCCUCGACACUCACCGUUGCUACUGCUCACAAGAGCAUUGCAGCCACCCAGCAUCUAGAAUGCUUUGAAGACUUCAGAAAGAAAUGUGAUGUCUUCAUUAAGAACACAAAUCUCAGGAACAGGUUGGUGUGUCUAAUGCAAGAAGUGCAGGAAUGUGUUGAGGUGAUGGUGCAACUCUUCAACCCCAGUGACCCUGCUGUCACCAGCCCCACCCACCUCAUCACAGUUCUUAAAGCUGCGCUAAGACAGAUGGCUAUAGGUGUUGUGAAAGUGGUUGAAUUAAGUCAAGAGUUUGAGCAGUGUGGCUGGAGACUAACUCAGGCAGAGCAACACGAAGUUAUGCGGUACACUCGGUCACAGUUGCCACCCUUGCUGGCCACUGUGGUGCGACUCUUGGCCAAUGUACGGGCAUCACUUGCUGUUCUUAACCACCACACUCGCCAACAGCUAGCACAACAGCUUGUUCCAGAGAUCAGCUCCGUUCUUCAGACUGUGUGUGUGGAUGUUGGAUCGCUAAGAACAAGCUUAGAACAUAUAAUCCAAGCAUCUUCAACAUCUUUAGAGUCUUCACAUUCACCUACACAUCUUCUAGCAAAAUCCCUCAGAAAUGAUUUACACCUUCGUGAGUUGCAAAAACUACGCAUUCUGCAGGAGAAUUUAACUUCAUUCUUGAACUCUCUUGUGCAUAAGAGAGAACAAUUUGAAGAAAUAGGAGGAGGUGCAAGAGUGCGAGGGGUGGCACGUAUUAUUGAGCACUUCACUGAGGAACUACCUGUCCUGACACUGCGACUUGAAGAAGCUGCAGCAGACUUGGAAGACAUAGUGGAGUGGUCAGAGUUUAAGUUUGUAUUCAAAGGAGCCACCUCAAAAGUGGGAAGCAUUGUGGAACGUUUGGUGGAACACCGAGGCGUAGUGGAAUCACUGGUUGCAGAGCUGGUGGAAAGAGUGGGUCACCCAGCCUUCACUGCCUCCCUGCAGCACCUGGGACUCCUUGCACCACUGCAAGACUCCUCAGGUGAAUCUUCCUCCUCAGAAGACCCUAAAACACAAGAGCUAAGACCAUCUUCAGCAGCUGAUAUGAAUUCCCCUGGUGACACGGAGGGGCCAGUUGAUUCCAGUUCACGAAGUUUCUCCAAUUCUUCAGAUACCUCGAGUAGUAGUGGCCAGCGCCGAUGCCCUUCCAUUCCUAAUGUGGAUACAAUCCCUGAUGAGCAUUCUCAGUCACCCUGCAAGUUAAGCUUGGUCAGCAGGGUGUGUGAGCCGCCUCCAUCACGCAGUAACCCGCUGGCUAUCAACAUUGCUCGGCUGUUAAGUGAUCCGGUGUUGAGUGACAUGACCUUUGUGGUGGUUCCCCCAGCAGAUGAUGAAGCUUCUCCAUCAUCAAGCCAAGAGGAGUUAGAUAUGAUAGAGGGCCACGGAGCCAAUCAGAGUGCAAGUAAAGAAUCCGUGAAGGAAGCAGGGACAGAGUGGUGCGACUUGCAGCAGCAGCAGCCAUUGCAGUCCAGCAUUUUGGCUUCAGCAGUGCCCAAGGUGUCCUCAACAGUUGUUCGGAAAGUAAAGAAAUCUUUAAGCCUAGACCGUCCGUGUGUACGAGCAGCAGUGCCACCUCAAGCUUAUAGUCUUGACUGUGAUGUUGUGACUUGUUCUGAUAAUGUUUUAGUGUCCAAUAGUCCAUUUAUGCCCAAAGACUUUAACCAGCAUCAUGCCCCAGAUUUCAAAUUUAUACAUAGAAGUUCCAAAGAAAGUGAAAAUGCUGAUAUAGAGGCUAAUGAUGUUGGUGUUAAAUGUGAUGGUAAUGUUAAGUUUAAUGUUGAUGAGGUUAAAAGUAAUGAUACAAGUGAGAAGUGUAAAAUUAAAGACUCCACUAAGACACUAGAUGGUGUAAUGCAAGUGGAAAGUGAUAAAAGUUAUGUCGAUACUGAACUUUCUUGUAAAUUAAGACAUUCUUUGACUGUGAAUAGAGAGCAUAGCCAAGAUGGCUUAGGUGGGGAAGACCUGUGUUCGUGUAAAUUUGCAGACAAUCACUUGGUAAGGACCUUGAGUUUAGGCAGCAACGAUAUCACGGUAAGCAAAGGUGUUUUACUGAAGAAGGAGGUUGAUGAAUAUAAAAAUAAGAGAGAUCACGAGGUUUUGAGAAAUGACAUAAAUAUGAGGAAUGAGAGAGAAAGGAAAAAUGAGAUAAAUUCAGAAAAGGAAAUUGGUAGCGAAAGUAACAAUUUGAAAUUAUUGGAAGACUCUCAUUACAAAAUCAAUUUAAGUGAAGCAGGUAAACUAAAUACUGCACCUGAGUCCGAAAAAAGAAAAGUGUGCGAAUCUCCAUGUGUAGAUAACGGAAAGCUGAAGAAAUCUCAGAGCUCUGAAAUACAGGAGUCAAGGUUAACCAAAGCUCCAAACAUUGACGAUGAGAUGAUUAAGUCAUCCAGUGUAGAGAGCAGGGAAGAGGAGCUUGUUGGGACAGUGCCAGAGCACAAGAGGCAAUACAGCUGGGAAGGGGUUGAACUUGGUGCACAUAGAGUGGUGGCAGCAGCGAGGUGUGAAUGGUUCAGGCGAGCACUGCUAUCAGGAAUGCGGGAAGCUAUUGACAGAUGCAUUGUUGUCCAUGGAUGCAGUGUGCAGACAUUCCAGCUACUACUGGGGUUCUUAUAUGCAGGUCAUGUGGAAUGUGGCAAUCUUCCUCCUGACCAGCUAGUGGACUUGCUUGUCUUAGCAGACCAUUAUGGGGUAGAUGCAUUGAAACUAUUGGUGGAAUCUGGGCUCGAGCAGCAUGUUGAUGACGAAUCAGUUGUGCCAUUGCUCACUGUUGCCCACCAUUGCAAUGCAUCUCAUCUUAAGGAGGUGUGUGUGCAUCAAUGUGUUGUGAGUUCUGUUGUACUUGAGGGGGAGACAUUAAGCCAGCUACCAGAUGAUCUCCGGCAGCACCUCACCAUGGCUCUCGGCAAGCACAGAAAGUGGUGUUCUGGUGCCAUUGGGGAAGAGAUGCUUGUGGGAGGGGAUGGUACAGGUGGGGAGGACAGCCCCCUCUCAGUGUCUUCCACAGACCCUCUUACUGAUGACCAAGUGAGCCUCAUCCCAGGCCUUCAGUAUGGUUUUGGAGGUGAGCAAAGCUUAGAGGGUAACAACGGAAGAGUGGAGGCAGUGGUGCAGCAGUUGCGGGAAGUUGUAGGUCAACAGGUGCCUCGCUCCACGCUUGUCCGGAUCACCUUGGCAGCAGAUUAUGAUCUAAACCGAGCUCUUAAUUUCUUCUUUGCUUCAUCUCCAUAGUUGUUACAUCAUCAUAUCAGUGUCGAGAAUAUUUUUCAUAUUGUACUUAUUAAAGUGGAAAACUUUAUUUUAUAAGUGGACCAUAUUGCAGUUAAGUGCUGUAUGUAUAUCAAAAUACUAUAAGCCUAAAAUAUUUCACUUAUGCACAUAUACUAUGUGCACACAUGCCCACAUACAUGCAUACACAUGUGCACACACACAUAUACUUACAUAUGGAGUUCUGCAUAGUUUCUUCAUAGAGAUAGCAUUGAAAACAUUCACAUAAUUUAUAACAUGACCAAUGCAAAUGAUUUCUCCUAAAUGUUACAACAUGAUGCUAACUUUCUUCCUAAACCCCUCAUUAUGUACUUGUCACUCCAUGAUCACAGCUUGCAUUACCGUGCUUUAUGAGCUCUCUUCUUCUCACUGUUCACAGAAUACUUAAGAAACUUAACCAUCGGAGAAUGAUGUAUUUUUACAAAUGUUGAAAUGUGAUUAGAAAUUCUAUCCAGAUUCUUUUUACUUUUGUGAUAACUGAAGCUGGUCUUCUAAAUGACUUUAGGCUGUUAAAGACAAUUUUGGAAUAUUGUUAGAAGGAUUGCAUUAUUUCUUGACCAGUUGUGCUGAUGGUGAUUGCCUGUAUCUCUUAAGGAAUGAUUAAAUGUGUAGUUAAGAAUGCUUGAGGUGCUGCACAUAUAUUGUUUCUACGUGUUGAAUGAAAAUAUUAAAAACAACCAGAAAAUAGCUUUAGGAGAGAGCGAAUCCCUGCAGUGUUGCCUUAGCUAAACUAUUGUUGAUAAAAAUAUACUGCAUAUUUUGGCAACAUUUUUACCUAGUUUCCAACCAUCCUCACCACACAAGUGUUGCCUGCUUAAAUGUAAUACUUCAACCACCCUUACAACACAAAUGUUGCCUGUUUACAUGUAACACUGUUCUCACAACUUGAGUGAUGCCUGUUUACAUCUGAUGCUUCAGCCAUCCUCAGAACACAAGUGAUGCCUGCUUACAUGUAUGCUUUACCUACUCUCACAACAUGAGUGAUGCCUGUUCACAUCUGAUGGUCCAACCAUCCUCACACCACAAGUUUGUUCAAAUCUGAUGCUUCAACCAACCUCACACCACAAAUUUGUUCACAUCUGAUGCUUCAACCAUCCUCACACUACAACUGUGUUCACAUUUGAUGCUCCAACCAUCCUCACAACACAAUUUGUUCACAUCUUCAUGAUGGUCCAGCCAUCCUCACAACACAACUGUGUUCAAUCUGAUGCUCCAACCAUCCUCACACUACAAGUCACGUGUGUUCACAUCUAAUGCUCUGAUCAUCCUCACACUACAAGUCAUGUGUUUUCACAUCUGAUGCUCCAACCAUCCUCACAUAAAGGAUGAGUGUUUACAUCUGAUGCUCCAACCAUCCUCACAUAAAGGAUGAGUGUUUACAUCUGAUGCUUCAACCAUCUUCAUAUAAAUAAUGAGGAUUCACAUCUGAUGCUUCAGCCAUCCUCACAUAACUGAUGAUUGUUCACAUCUGAUGUUCCAACCAUCCUCACAUAAAUGAUGAUGAUUGUUCACAUCUGAUGCUCCAACCAUCCUCACAUAAAUGAUGAUUGUUCACAUCUGAUGCUCCAACCAUCCUCACAUAAAUGAUGAUUGUUCACAUCUGAUGCUCCAACCAUCCUCACAUAAAUGAUGAUUGUUCACAUCUGAUGCUCCAACCAUCAUUACAUAAAUGAUGAGCGUUCACAUCUGAUGCUCCAACCAUCCUCACAUAAAUGAUGAUUGUUCACAUCUGAUGCUCCAACCAUCCUCACAUAAAUGAUGAUUGUUCACAUCUGAUGCUCCAACCAUCCUCACAUAAAUGAUGAUUGUUCACAUCUGAUGCUCCAACCAUCCUCACAUAAAUGAUGAUUGUUCACAUCUGAUGCUCCAACCAUCAUUACAUAAAUGAUGAUUGUUCACAUCUGAUGCUCCAACCAUCCUCACAUAAAUGAUGAGUGUUCACAUCUGAUGCUCCAACCAUCCUCACAUAAAUGAUGAGUGUUCACAUCUGAUGCUCCAACCAUCCAUGCAGAUCUGAACACUGCCUGGACUUGUUUGUGGUUAAAUAUAUAUUUUAAUAUGUUUAUGUAGCCUACACUAACCUAACCUAAUUUUUAAAAAAAAGUAUUUUUGUAAUUUAAGGGACAAUACCAAAAGUGAUGCCAGGAAUCACAUGAAUAACCAUAGAGUUGUAAUGAGGUUAGGCAGGAAAUUAAUUUCACCAGUUCACUAGUUAUCAGUUAAAAAUUCUAAAUUAUAUGUUCUUGUUGAAACACUAUCACGCUUGAAAUCAAAACAUUUACCAGGAUAAUUUUAACCCAAACAGCUCCAAAGGACCAAUAUGCAUUUAGUGCUUUAUUGUGAAUAUAAUAAUUUUUAACAACUGCCAGUGGCUGCUAUGCUCUGUUGAUAGUAGUAGCUCAGGAUACGAGCUAAUCGAUUCUCAUGAGAAGCUGUCAGGUCUAAAGGUAGACAUGGGCACAAGAUGAAUAUGAAAUGAUGGGGUACAAAUAUUUUUCAAACUGCUUUAUAUGCUAUUUUUAUUGUUUUUUGUGCGCUCCUGCUGCCUGUCAGUAUGCUGACAUCUAACCCACAUUUUGGUAAGGAAAUUAUAGACAAUAUUUCUGUCCAUCUUGAACCUUGUCAGGUUGCAACUGAAAGAGAGAAUGAGAAAAACAGAAGAGAGGUCAUGUUAAGAGGUGGAGAAGUCACAAGACAGGUCAGAUGAGUAGGUGAGGUUGAAAUAAGUAGCCAUGUCCAGCGAAGAGAAUAGGAGAUCAGAAGACAAGUCGAGCGAAGAAACUCUUGGAAAACAGGUUAGGAAGUGAAGGUUCCAGUUACUUUGUGUAUGUUGUAAUUGUCUUGAAGAUCAGGCAUAUUAUGGCAGUGACUCGUUCAUUGUUUACUACUGUAAAUACUUUUUACCUAUUUCGUACCACAGUUUUAUUCUGUUGUGUUCAGACUACAUUUUAUCAUGUAAAUCAUUGGUUGAAAUUACGUCAAGUUUUAUAUUGAAUUUUAAAUUAACAAGUGUAUUUUAAGGAGAGUCAUGAGGUUAUAUCACAAAUCGCAAGUCAGUCUCAUUGUCCAAAGUUUAAUUAAGUUUAUAUUUUUUAUACGUAUAAGUAUAUGUAUAUAACAAAUUCCCAUCCUCCCCGGUGGCAGUCUUCUGGCAAGGCAGGGUUACCAAAAGAAGAAAACACAUUUAUCCAAUCACUGUCAUGCUAGAAGUGUGCUGACAUCACAAUCAGAUUACCCUCUGAUUGCAACAUUACCACCCCUCCUUCAGUGUACAGGCACAGCCCUUCCCACCUCCAGAACUCAAGCCCAGCUAACCAGAUUUUCUGAAUCCCUUCAUAAAAAUUAUUUUGCUCACACUCCAGUGACAUGUCUGUUAAAAAGCCCCCUUGUCUUCAUUUGUUCCUAAUUAAUAUAUAUAUAUAUAUAUAUAUUUUUUUUUUUUUUUUUUCAACAAGUCGGUCGUCUCCCACCGAGGCAGGGUGGCCCAAAAGAAAAAACCAAAGUUUCUCCUUUCAAAUUUAGUAAUAUAUACAGGAGAAGGGGUUACUAGCCCCUUGCUCCCGGCAUUUUAGUCGCCUCUUACAACACGCAUGGCUUACGGAGGAAGAAUUCUGUUCCACUUCCCCAUGGAGAUAAGAGGAAAUAAACAAGAACAAGAACUAGAAAGAAAAUCGAAGAAAACCCAGAGGGGUAUGUAUAUAUACGCUUGUACAUGUAUGUGUAGUGUGACCUGAGUGUAAGUAGAAGUAGCAAGACGUACCUGAAAUUUUGCAUGUUCAUGAGACAGAAAAAAGGACACCAGCAAUCCUACCAUCAUGUAAAACAAUUACAGGCUUUCGUGUUACACUCACUUGGCAGGACGGUAGUACCUCCCUGGGCGGUUGCUGUCUACCAACCUACUACCUAGGUAUAUAUAUAUAUAUAUAUA